AUGGCAUCCCGUGUACCUGCUUCCUGCCUUUCAAAAGCAUCCGGCACCUGCUCUUUAGGACACUCGCCAACGCCGAGGACGCGUCGCGGGAGCGCGCGCGCCGCGGCCUCACAAUCAGGAUGCACGCUGCUGACGUCACGGCCGUGGCCCUCCUCCUGCGCCCGGAAAGAGGCAGCUGUCUAUUGGCUGGGCCUCCGGCGGCCUCGGAACCAAUCACAGGACGCCGAGCAGCAAGGUCCAGUCCCUGACGUUGUGCGGUCGCCGCGGGGUUUAUUUAGCUCUAGGGUCCUGACCGCCGCCAUUCGGAGUCCUCAGCGCCCGAGGCCGUCCCACGUCCGCUCCGCCCCUGCCCCCGAGCCGCGGCCCCCGCCUCCGCGCCGCCUCUCCGCCCCUCCGGCCGCUGGGAGCCGCGCGCGGGCCCGCGGAGAACAUGCCCUGACUGAGGCGGAGAGGGGCCGGACUCGGCUCGUCGCCGCGGGCCGUGCGGGAGUCGCUGCCGCCGCCGCCGCCGCCGCGGCCGCUGGGCGCCGCGCGUCAUACGGGGAGGAGGAGCCGCGGCCGCCAGGAGUUGUGGAAGGUGAUUUAGCAGCCAUAGAAUCAUACAAGUCAUCAGGAGGAGACAUUGCACGCCAGCUCACUGCAGAUGAAGUACGCUUGCUGAACCGCCCUUCUGCUUUUGAUGUUGGCUAUACUCUGGUACACUUGGCCAUACGCUUUCAGAGGCAGGACAUGCUAGCAAUAUUGCUCACAGAGGUGUCUCAACAAGCAGCAAAAUGUAUUCCAGCAAUGGUGUGUCCUGAACUGACAGAACAAAUCCGGAGAGAAAUAGCUGCUUCUCUUCACCAGAGAAAGGGAGAUUUUGCUUGCUAUUUUCUGACUGACCUUGUAACAUUUACAUUGCCAGCAGAUAUUGAAGAUUUGCCUCCAACAGUUCAAGAAAAAUUAUUUGAUGAGGUACUUGACAGAGAUGUUCAGAAAGAGCUAGAGGAAGAAUCUCCAAUUAUAAACUGGUCCUUGGAGUUGGCUACACGUUUGGACAGUCGACUGUAUGCACUUUGGAACCGGACUGCUGGAGAUUGUUUACUUGACUCAGUACUACAAGCUACUUGGGGCAUUUAUGACAAAGACUCGGUGCUUCGGAAAGCCUUGCAUGACAGCCUGCAUGACUGUUCACAUUGGUUUUACACACGCUGGAAAGACUGGGAAUCAUGGUAUUCCCAGAGCUUCGGUUUACAUUUUUCACUGAGGGAAGAACAAUGGCAAGAAGACUGGGCAUUUAUACUCUCACUUGCUAGUCAGCCCGGAGCAAGUUUGGAACAGACACACAUUUUUGUACUCGCACAUAUUCUUAGACGACCAAUUAUAGUUUAUGGAGUAAAAUAUUAUAAGAGUUUCCGGGGAGAAACUUUAGGAUAUACUCGGUUUCAAGGAGUUUAUCUGCCUUUGUUGUGGGAACAGAGUUUUUGUUGGAAAAGUCCAAUUGCUCUGGGCUAUACACGGGGCCAUUUCUCUGCUUUGGUUGCCAUGGAGAAUGAUGGGUAUGGCAACCGAGGUGCUGGUGCUAAUCUGAACACUGAUGAUGAUGUCACCAUCACAUUUUUGCCUCUGGUUGACAGUGAAAGGAAGCUCCUUCAUGUGCACUUCCUUUCUGCUCAGGAGCUAGGUAAUGAGGAGCAGCAAGAGAAACUACUCAGAGAGUGGCUGGACUGCUGUGUGACAGAAGGGGGAGUUCUAGUGGCUAUGCAGAAAAGCUCACGGCGGAGAAACCACCCCUUGGUCACACAAAUGGUAGAAAAAUGGCUUGACCGCUACAGACAGAUCCGGCCUUGUACAUCUCUGUCUGAUGGAGAGGAAGAUGAGGAUGAGGAGGAUGAAUGAAGACAAAUGCACUUAAGGAACAAAAAGACCAAGGCAUCAGAUCUGAGAUGACCCCAAAAUUAGUGUGGUAGUUUCAGCAGAAUAUACAGCAUGGAGUGAGCCACACCCUCCCUGCAGGAUCUGCUCCCAAGUAUCUUUCUGCUCCACACCCAUUGGAGAUAACGAGUGCGUCUGCAUGAGGAGAUGGAGAACUUUGGUUGAACUAGUUUGUAAAAAAGAAAAAACAAACAAACAAACAAAAAAAAAAAAACCCACCAAACCCUAAUUUUAUUGACAGAACUUUUUUCUUUCAAAUUGUAAAUCUGUCUAUGAAUGUAUCGCAUGUGGUUGUGUAAGAAGUUGUGUACUAGGAAAAGUGCACCAGCAUCUUCAUGUUACUGAGAACAUAUUCCCAGCAUGGGCACUCAUAAAAAGCACAUGGCAGAUAACCUUAUUGAGAUACUCUCAUUAGAACCUGACAUCCUGCUCCCACCAUAAAAGACCCAUUUUCCAUUGUUUCAGAGAUUUGGAAACUUUGUACAAAUUACCCACGGCAAGAUAAAAAAUAAACAAGCCUUUAUUUUAUUAAUAAUUUAGUUCCUCUUGUGCCCAGUAAAAUAAAAAUCAAAUCCUUAGGAACAAACUGCAAGAAAAACUAGCAUUUUUUUUUUUUUUUUUUUUUUUUUUUUUGGGAGUGAUCUUUACAUAGAAAUUGUCCUUUUUUUGGAAGAGGGUUUUGUUCUCUGUUUCAAGUUUCCUGACUUGCCCCUUUCUUUAUUUAGAUAUUUAUUUGUUUGGAAGAGUGCCCAGUAAAAGGGGUUCUUACUUGGUUUUGGGCAGGUGCGUUUUUGCACUUAAGUCCCUGGAUGGAUGGAUGGCCCAUUUGUCACAGGGUGGAUUGUGAGACUGACUGUUCAGCUCCCAGGUGGCCAUAUAGAGGGUUUUCAGAUUCUUCCUGUCUUUGUCACCUCUGCUCUAAAGCAGAUGCUGUAUUAAGGGCAUGCCUUUGCUUAGGCUGAUUGGGAAUACAGUUCAGUACAGAAUAAAGAUUUUCAAAUGCA